AUGCUUCAGGCGAAGAGGCACUCGCGGUACCGCUGGCUCAGGCUCAGGGCAUCGAGCGAGAGCCUUACGACUACAUCUCCGAGAAAAGCAAUUGACCUCAUCGGCAGGCUGCCUACGGACCCUCCUGCGCGUGCGUGGACGGCUGAAGUCUCGCCGCAUACCCCUUGUAAGCCCACUUCCUCGUAUCCCACAGGGAUCAAAUGGGCUCACGCUGACCCGGACUGCCUCUUCCCGCAGACCAUCCGCGCAUGA